CUGGUCAGACGUGCGGGAGAGGCAGCGGUGGCCGGAGCGCGGCGGGAGGAUGGCGGGGUGCCGCGGGCUGUGCCUGCUGCUGCUGCUCUGUGCGCUGCUGGGAGCCGCCGCUCCCGCAGAGAGUAGUGGAAACAGCAAGUCAAAAGGAAGAAGUUUUCUUGGCCAGAAAGUUCCAGAUACAAAUAAUGCCUCUGAAGCACUAUAUGAAGUGGAUGAAUUUGCAGCAAAAGCCCUCACAGGAAAGCUGACUACAGUUUUUCUUCCCAUUGUCUAUAUCAUUGUCUUUAUCAUUGGUUUGCCUAGCAAUGCCAUGGCCCUCUGGGUCUUUUUUUUCCGAACAAAGAAGAAACAUCCAGCUGUGAUUUAUAUGGUUAACUUGGCACUGGCAGACCUUCUUUUUGUUGUCUGGUUCCCGCUGAAGAUUGCAUACCAUGUAAAUGGUAAUAAUUGGCUAUUUGGUGAAGGUCUCUGCAAAGUACUUGUUGGAUUUUUCUAUGGAAAUAUGUACUGUUCCAUUCUCUUUAUGACAUGUCUCAGUGUGCAACGCUAUUGGGUUGUGGUGAACCCCAUAGUGCACUCAAGAAAGAAAUCUGAAAUUGCCUUGGGCAUCUCCCUUGCUGUGUGGUUACUGAUUUUGUUGGGCACCAUUCCAUUGUAUCUUGUUAACCAGACAGCACAUAUUUCAAGUCUUAACAUCACUACCUGCCAUGAUGUGUUGCCUGAAAAUACUUUGGCUCAUAGUAUGUUCAGUUAUUUCCUCUCGCUUGCAAUUGGAUUCUUCUUAAUCCCAGCUCUCCUCACUGCUGUUGCUUACAUACUAAUGAUUAAGACUCUAAGUGCUUCCAUCUCAGAUAUAAGCGCUGGGAAGAAACGGAAAAGAGCAAUCAAACUCGUUAUUGCUGUCCUGUCCACGUAUCUCAUCUGUUUUACACCUAGCAACGUGCUGCUUGUUGUGCACUAUUUGCUCCUCAAAACCCACAGCGAGAGCCAUCUGUAUGUGUCGUACAUAAUCGCACUGUGUCUUUCUACUUUGAACAGUUGUAUUGAUCCAUUCAUCUAUUAUUAUAUUUCAAAAGACUUCAGAGACCACCUUAAAAACGCUGUUCUUUGCCGAAGUGUGCGAACUACACAGAGGAUGCAAGUGUCUCUCUUAUCAAGCAGAUACCCCAAGAAAUCAAAUUCUUAUUCUUCAAACUCAAAUGGGACCACUAAAUCAACCUACUGAGUUUAAUCCUAGAAAAGGGAACUUUUAUUGCUACUGGUGAAAGGAUGUAAGUGACAAGAGUUAUUUUGUACAAGAGGGACUGAAGAAACAUCUCUGCUUUUUAAUUGCAUUGAAGCCCAGAUUUCGGAACUGUCAGCUGCUGGCCCUGUGUAGAAACUGUAAGCAGAUAAAUCUUCCCACUAGACUGGAAAAAAAAAAUCAUGACAUUUCAGAUGCUUUGCAAAAAUGCUGCUGACCUGGAAGUAAGUUGUGGUUGAAGACAUUUUUGUUCAAUAUCAAAGUUUUUAAAAAGCAAAAUGUCACUGGAAUGUUGUGUAGUGUUGCUAGUAUAUUUAAUUAACAGAGAAAUCUGUUUUGUUUCGCUUUAACUGUAAUGUAUUAAACAGCUGAACAGACUGUGUAUGUAGGAACAUGCUCUGUGUACCUGCUUACACUGAACAUUAUUUGAAACCGUAAAAAGAAGGAAAGGAGAAUCCAUUUCACCGUCUUGGUGUAGACUUCUUAUUAUCUUUAGUAUAAUGUAAUUUUAUGUUGUUUACGAAGUUAUGCUGUAAAUACUAGCAUGGCAGAAGCCUGUAAGGUUAUCCUAUUGAGUUGACAAGCUGAACUUGUUACCAGCUAGCACUGAGAUAAAAAGUUAGUUGAGAUUUAUACGCUGUUACUUAAUGCUUGCCAGUACAUAAUCUUAAAUGGGGCUAUUUAACACAGUUUUGAUGAAUAGCUAUUUGAUUUUUGUAUAAUGUGCCUUGUAUUUUUUAAGAUACAUAAAUAAGGUUUUUUUAAUAACACAUUUGAGUUGGGUGCUUUCUUUUAUGUUUUUACAUAAAAUGUGUUCUUUGAAAUGCUUAGUAGUUCAACUUGACUGGCUUCAGGUAACAAAGACAUUAUUCCUAACAGUGAAUUAGAAGUCUGACAACUGUAGCUGUAAUGUCUAAAUGGGUUAAGUAAAAUUUACCUAACGACACAUUUCAUUAGAGCAAAACUGUUCCCUUAUUCGCAGAUAACUAAAACCAAAUGGUUCAGUACUGUGGGGGAAUAAUGAGAUAUAAACAAACACAUAGCAAACUGCAGCCACAGUGGAUUUCUGAAAUAUCUUAAGUCCUCUUCCCUCACCCAGAAUAUGGAAUCGCAUUUACUUUAAAUCUGAAUAGCUGAUAGCUGUAUAUUUGGUGGUAGGAUUUAAAUGUAUUUUUUUUCAAAUCUUGCAGUCCUGAUACAUUUCACCAAGUUGUACACAGAACUUGCAGCCAAGUGACCUAUCUAAGACUUGGGCAUAGCCGGGUCCCUACAAACGCAAGCAAAUGGAAAAGCCCUCGGUCCAAAAUGUACUGAGAUAGCUGGUAUACGGAUAGGAAAUAUUCACCAUUUCAAAUAUGGAGAGUAAGGAAGGGGGUAUAUUGAACUGCGGCAAGAAUUUGAGCAGUCUUGUACAGCUUAAAGGCCAUAAAGUUUUGUAUAAUAAAUUACUUUCUUCUGUG